AUGCAAUCGUCUCCACUAAAACAACAAGUAAGAGGUCGUAAAAAAGAUAGUAUAGAACAAUUCAUUAGUGGAUCACAAUUAUUUCUUGAGAAUGGAUUAUCUCAAUUAAGAUAUAUGAUACUUAUUGAAGGUAUAAGUACUCCAUCAGGUUAUGAUCAAUCCCCCUAUAGAUCAUAUGUUUGGUCAAUAUUAUUAAGAGUACCUAAUUUUCGAACUGAAGAAUAUAUAUCAUUAUUACAAUCAAUGCCUCGAACUUUAAAUCCUAUUAUAUAUAAAAAGAUUAAGAAUGAUACAUUUAGAACUUUAAAGAAUGAUACAAAUUUUAAAUCAAAAGUUAGUGAAGAAUCAUUAAUUCGUAUACUAUCUUGUAUAGCUAUAACUAUAGAUGAUAAAGUUGGUUAUGUACAAGGUUUAAAUGUAUUAUUAGCUCCAAUAGCUUAUGUUUGUCAUAAAAGUGAACCUUAUGCUUAUGCAAUAUUACAUAAUUUAAUAAGAAAUCAUAUACCUUUAUAUAUAACUCCAAAUUUAGAUGGAGUUCAUACUGCAUUAAAUUUAGUUGAAGUUGUAUUAAAAAUAAUUGAUCCAGUAUUAAGUGAAUAUCUUGAUUCAAAAUUUUUAAAACCAGAAAUUUAUGCAUUUCCUUCAAUUUUAACUUUAUGUGCUUGUACUCCUCCAUUAAAAUCAGUAUUAAAAUUAUGGGAUUUUUUAUUUGCCUAUGGAAUUCAUAUGAAUAUAUUAUUUGUAGUGGCUCAAUUAAUUAUUAAUAGAUCUUUAUUAUUAAAUUCUGAUCUGCCUAUGAAAAUUUUAAGAAAUUUCCCUCCUUUAAAUGAAAAUGAAAUUAUAAAACUUAGUCUAAGUUUUAUACCGGAAUUACCUAAACAACUAUAUGAUUUAAUAGUUCGUCAUGGUUAUGAUAGAAAUGUUCCAACUGAAGUUAAAUCAUUUCUAAUUGAAAAUAAUCUAUAA